UAUGUCCAGGCUGAAGACAAAACAUAUUUAACUUCAUAUUAAAGGGAAAGUUUAGCUGGAAGCGUGUAAACGGCUUAAAAACGUUAUUCACCUAAAUUCAUUUCUCUACCAGAUAAUCUAAACAACACACCUGCUUUGCUUUCGCUUUCUCAGUAGUAGCUAGCGUUCUCUGGAUAUUUCUGACAACAACAUAAACUGUUUUAUUCUCGCUCGACACAACAACAGUCGCUCUACAACAACAGUUUUGUUUUUUACAUUUUAGAUUCGAAUUAUCAUUCGAAUUCGAUAGUUUUGUUAAAAAAGAAAGCAACCUCGGUCCCAGAACACAAAAAUGAUAGAAGAAACAAUUAAUAAACUUUAAUCUAACCUCAUGAUGAGUAAACAUUGUUUUGAAUAACUUUUUCAGGAUUACUUUGAAAAAGAGAACUUUCUUUGCUUCAGUUUUCAUUUUUCAGUUGAUAAACUUUGUUUCUGUGAGAUACGGCGCACAUGGUAAACCGGUUCUCGACGAACGCCUUAGGAGAUAUCAGGGAUUAAAAAAUUUUGCUGACAUAAGCAAAGACCCGUCAAAACCUUAAAAUUUUUUUUUAGAAAUUUGUAUACCUGUUGCCUUCAUCGUAUAGAUCUUGAAACGCUGAUCAAGAAAAUGUAUAGGAUCAUGCAUCUUUGACAAAUGGUUAUGGAGAUAUUAGGGUUUAAAGGUUUUUUGAUGACGUCAUCAACUCGUCCAUUAUUCCGAAACGAAUUCGGUGACACAGGUUGGAAAACUUACCCAAAUUGGUCCCAGGUAGUCCUUAGUUACCCAAGCAGGAGAUGACGUCAGUUAUUUCCACCCGUUUCCAAGUUAUUUAGCCUUAAAUUUAAAAGUGCAAUGCAAUGGCUUCACUAAUCUUAAUAUACUUUCCUUUGACGGGUGGUUCCCUGGGAAAUAAAGCCCUUUUUCAUUUUUUUUUCAAUAUUGAGUAUUAUAUACUGUUGGAAAGGUUAUUCUCUCAGCUAUAAGGUGGUAUAAAUGGUUUUCCAAGGUCCUGCAAUAAUUUUGCAAAUUUUACAGAAGUUUCUAUACAGGUAGAACCUAAAAUUUCGAAAAUUUCCUAAGCAACGGUCCUUAGAAACUGAUUUAGGCCAAUAUCUUUUUGUUAAAAAGUCGUAAGGGCGUGAAAAUGCCGCCAUUUUGACGCCAAAGGGCUGUUCUAUCUUGCACGGCAAAGUUUUACUAUAAGAUAUACACCGAAACCAUCCUGAAGUGCUUUCAAAGUUAGAGCUCCUGGUGAAAGGUCAUAAAUUCUUCCUCCAUUUUUUAAACACAAAUAGCUUGAUUCUUUUAACCAAUUAAAGUCAUGGCUAACAAGAAAAGUUAUCAGAAGAGAAGAUCAAGGAAGAAAAAAGGUUUUAAUGGUGCAAAUGUUACAGCCAGCAAUACAACAUUAAACGGAACAUCUUCAGAACCAAUCCAAGAACUCACCGAACCUGAACCGUCAACACAAACUGGAGCAUCAGCUGCCAAAUUAGAUUGUAGUACUACCUCAGAAACAAUUGAGAAAGAGUUUGUUGCUAACUGUAACAUUAUAAUAGAGAGUGACUUGUUAAUGUCUUUGAUUUUUAUGAUAGGAAGAUGCCCAGACUGUGCAGCUUCUGUAAGCGUGGAACAUCUAUUGCAAGCCAAAAUGGGAAUGGCUCAUUUCCUUUUAAUCUCAUGUGCAGAAUGCCCAUGGAAUUUGAAGUUUUGUUCUUCUAAAGAGUGUGAUAAACCAGAUCCAGUUAAUGGCAGAAAAGGUUAUGACAUUAAUAGAAGGACAGUAGUUGCAUUUCGUGAGAAUGGUAUUGGUUUCAGCGGCAUCGAAAAAUUUUGCAGAUGCAUGAAUAUGCCACAACCAAUGACAAAAUCAACAUUUGAAAACAUUAAUUCAUUGGUCCACAAUGCUUAUGUACAGACUUCACAUGAGUCCAUGGCUACAGCAGCAAAAGAAGUGCAUGAGAAAACAAAAAGAAAUGACCCAAGUAGUGUUGAUAAAGAGGAUAUCGCUAAUAUAGCUGUCAGCGGUGAUGGCGCCUGGCAAAAGCGCGGAUUUUCAUCCCUUAAUGGGGUAAUGACAUUGACCGCAGAUGGAAAGUGUAUUGACACUGAGGUUAUGUCGAAAAAGUGUAAAGAGUGUGAUGUUUGGGAAAAGACAAAUGACACCCAUUCUGAGAAGCAUAAAGAGUGGAAAGAAAAUCAUGCUGCGUUUUGCUCUAUCAACCAUAGAGGCAGUUCUGGUGCCAUGGAGAUUACCGGCUUGAAACGUAUUUACCAUCGCUCUGUGAAAACUCACAAACUCCGAUACACUUUUUACAUUGGAGACGGAGACACAAAAUCUUUUUGUGGAACUUUGUAGUACAAAUCCCUACCCAGGACACAGCUUGAACAAAGGUGAAUGUAUCGGGCAUGUACAGAAACGUGUCGGAACAUUCAUGGUCAAACACAAAACGUAAAUGAGUCUCUCAACAAUGUCAUCUGGUCAAGAUGCCCUAAAAGAGUUUAUGUUGGAAAUGCUGUUUUCAAAACAGCAGUAGCAUCUGCAGUAAUAGCAUAUAACAAUGGAGAAACAGGACUGUUACCAGUAUAUUCCAAACUUGGUUUAGAACCUGGUUAUUAUACCGAAACUGGUUUUCGUAAAGCUAACACAAAACGUGUGAAAGAGUCAAACCGCAAGUCUACUGACAGAGUUAAAAAUGACAGAAAAAGGCAGAGAGCUGCCAGAAAAGGUUAUGAAGAUAAGAAUUUGCUUGAGGAAGGGAAACAUAUGGAUAUGGUGCUUUUGUUGGACUUUAAUUAUUAGUUUAUGAACAGAUUAGUUUUUUUUAUACAAACUGUUUUUUUUCUUUUACCGAUAUUUCAAAACAAGAUUUUUGCAGAUUUUUGAACUCCUAACAAAGAUAACUUUUCAUUGGAACAAGCUUUUGAGCUGAAAUUUUGAACAUCAGUUCUUCAUUCUAUUUAGGAGGGACUGUGUGAAUUAGUUUUUCAAUUUUACUAUUUUUUCUUCUCCUAGAAUCUAGUAUGUUGUCAUUGAUAUUCUCUUUUCCGGAAAAGUCAAGUUUGGUGGCCAACCCGAUGCGAUUUAGAUAAAAAAUUAAAAAAGUAAUUCACUCAGUCCCUUCAGCUACUCAAUAUUAACACAUGUGCAAAGUUUUAUCUUGAUUGGAAAAGUCUACCUAGAGAUAUCCUUGUUAGGAGAUACCAUAUGUUUUUAGCCUAUAAUUUGUUAAUUAUGCGCAUAAUUAGUGACGUCAUCAAAAAAAUUUAAAAAAAGAAAUUUUUUUCUUCCUAUUUUAUUAUGAUACAACUUUGUGCCAAAGCAUUUUGAAAAAAAACCAUUUUUUGGAAAAAAAUCCUUGUUUCCCAGGGAACCACCUUAAUAUUGCUCUAACGUCAAAGUUUGCUAAUUUACAGAACAAAUUUAUAGGCGAUGUUUGAUGGACUUUGUCAAAGAAAUUUUAUCCACUUUGCAAAAGUCACAGACAGAACUGGCGUAUAUAGACUAGUCGAUAAGGCCCGUGGAAAAAUCCACUUAGGCAGAAGGACAAUGGAAAAAUAGGUUGUUUUAGAUUUUUUGCUGACGUCAGCAGUGCAAUUACAAAAAUGUUUGGCGAAAUUUAGUUUAUUCGUUGCCUGUACUGUGCAGAGGUUUAAACGCUGACCAAGAAAAUGUAUAUGAUCAUGUCUUUUUGAUAAGCGGUUAAUGAGAUAUAAGGGUUUUAAAAUUUUGCUGACGUCAGCAAUGGCCAGUCAAACCCCCAAAAAAUUUUUUUAGAAAUUUGUAUACCUGCUGCCUUCAUUGUAUAGGUCUUGAAACGCUGAUCAAGAAAAUGUAUAGGAUUCCGUAUUUUUGACAAACGGCUGCAGAGAUAUUAGGGUUUGAAGGUUUUUUGGUGACGUCAUCAACCCGUCCAUUCCGAAACGGAUUCGGGGACCCAGGUUUGGGAAACUUACCCAAAUUGGCCCCAGGUGGUCCCUAGUUACCUGCGCAGGAGAUGACGUCAGUUAUUUCCACCCGUUUCCAAGUUAUUUAGCCUUAAAUUUAAAAGUGCAAUGCAAUGGCUUCACUAAUCUUAAUAUACUUUCCUUUGACGUCAAUAUUGCUUUAACGCCAAAGUUUGGUAAUAUACAGAACAAAUUUUUAGACGAUGUUUUAUAGACUUUAUCAAAGAAAUUUUAUCCACUUUGCAAAAGUCACAGACAGACAGAACUGGCGUAUUAUUAUAGAGACUAGCCGAAUUUCCGUGGAAGAAUCCACUGAAUCUCUUAUUGAGUCCUUUUGAGGGGUGCCAAAUAAAAACAUAGAAUUCAGUAAUUUGAAUUUUCAAAACUCACAUUUCAACCUCGACCCCGGGCUCUUUGUCUCUUUUAUAACGGGAUGGCAAAAAGAGAAAAAAGGCCUGGGAUCAAGGAUGCUCACAAUCUGCACACCGCUGAAACAAAACGUCUAAAAAUAUAAGCAUGUGCAACAAAAAAUAAUAAAAAAUAUUAUGAAAUAAAAAUGGAAAAUGUCCAAAAAAGUCGAAGGCGUCUAACAACCGUUACGUAAAAAGUGAAGUACGCAAAAAUAUAUACUUGCUUUGCCAUUCCAGAAAUACACCAGGGGAAAAAAGGAUACCAAACAUUAAAAAAAAUCCAACAUUUUUUAAAGUCAUACAAAAUCAGCUGUUUAGUCUAUUGCAAACGUCAAAUCUUCCAAAAUUAUACUCAAAAUAUAAGAAAUUAAUAGUUGAAAACACAUAAAAGAGAAAUAUAAAAACUUGAAUCAUUUAGUAUGUGAUUAUCUACCGAAAUAUUUCAAUCCAAAAUAUUAAAAGAACAGACCCAAACUUAUAGUUAAGAAAAUCACGCAUAAAAUCAAAGAAGAUAACAAUGCAGCGUUUUCGAAUUUAAGAAUCGAAUAUAUUUCAAACGGCAACGUAACAGAUGUAAACAUGGAUUUAAGUUUAGGUUUUAGAUUUAGGUUUUUUAUAACGACAUCAACACUGAAUCACACAAUUUGUAGUGUGAAAAACAGUAACAACGGAAAAAUUACUUUAUACAUGUUUAUGUAAAUUCUUUUCUAGGAUAUACACGCUGUUUUUAUAAGAAUAGUGGGUUUAGUUUCAGCCUUGAUGUUCUAAACUUCUUUGACAAAUACUAUCCUCAUUUUUCUCAAUAUGUUCUUAACAUGACUAUGGCCUGAAAACAUAUAAUGCCUGGAUGAAAAAAAGCAUGCUAUAAGUUACUAUGGCUAGCUAAUGGCAAUUCUACUACAUGUAACGGCCCAUUGCUUGGAUAAAAAAAAGUUCAGUUCGUUUGAUAUACAAUAAAAAAAGUAAACUUCUAAUAAAUUUUGUGCGUCAUACAAAUGUUCAUAUUUAAAACAAACUAUUAAGCUUAGGCAUAUUUUUAGGAUAUUCUAAACUUCUGACCCAUUUUUCAGAGUAUGUACUUACAAAAUAAGUGCUUAAAGAAAAUAUUUUCCGCCUCAAGACACAACAACAAACUUAAUAUUUAAGGAAAAUUUAGCUCUGAAAGAAACGGACACCCGAAUUCAUUUCUCUACUAAAUAAUCUAAACAGCGAACCUACUUUUCUUUUACUUCUCAGUAGGUAGCUUGCUAGCGUUCUCCUAAUAAAACUCCAAUCAGUUUUUUACUAUGAAUACUGAACUUCGUUUCAUCCCAAAGAAAAUGAAUUGAAGAUGCAUACAAUUGCCUGAAACAUUUCCAAUCAGUUCUCUUUGUGAUGUUAAAUCAUCGUACGUUAGAAACGUUUGACAACAACACAACAGUUUUUUUUUUUACAUUUCAGAUUAGAAUUACAUUCAUAUUUAAAUCCAAUAGAAUUUCUAUAAAAGGAAGCAACCUAGAACACAAAAUUAUAGAAAAACAAAUAUAAGCUUUAAUCUAACCUCAUGAUGAGAAAACAAAGUUUGAAGUAACUUUUUCCAGGAUUACUUUGAAAAACAGACAACCUUCUUCGCUCCGCUUUUCCUUUUUCAGUUGAUAAACAACUUGUUUCCGUUAGAUACGGCGUGAACAUUAAUCGGGGGGUAAAAUUAAAUUAUUAUAUUUAUAACGACUCCGUGGGGCUUUUAAAAUAAAAACAAAACAAAUAAAAA